AUGCCAGUUCGCCCAUCAGUCUUCAUCGCAGGGGAGGAUACACCUUACACCACGAUUUUGAAUCAGAAGAGAGAUUUCAAGAAAUGGCAGAUCUUUGAAAAUAGUUUUGUACCGUCUGCUAGAACUUGCAGAAUUCCCAACAGCCCAGCGUCUCUAAGUCUUCUCAAGCAUUCAACUCGUUCCUUUCUGAAGAAAGAAGAAUUGUGUGGGGGGGGGCUAUCGAACAGCUGGAAAAAGCCAAAGCCCGCUUACGAAAAAUGGAAAUGGAAGCAUAUCAGUUUCGGUCCAAUGGAUAUUGCUCUCGGGCGAGAAGUGAAGGAAUCUAUUGCAAACUUUUUCGGUGCCGCUGCAUCUGGGGUGGGUGAAAGAUGGGUGGGCACGGUUAACCAUUUGGUUGUUGGCAACUGGCAGGACUUUUUUGAUGCGCUGUCGGUUUUGGAUUGGUGCAUGAUGGAGUCGAUCUGGACGGAAAAUCACGUCCCGAGCGUCUCGCAUUUCAUUCUCGCUUUCUACUUUGCGUUUGCAUUCGUUGCCGCUAGGUUCAUUCUCGACAGAUUCAUCUUCCGUAGUCUAUCAACAUGGAUGUUGAGGAGAGGUACCUCUCAGCCGAAACUAAACAAUGAAACUAAAGCAAAAAUAGUGAAAUGUUCAGAGUCUCUGUGGAAACUUACAUACUAUGCUACUAUAGAGUUUUGCACUGUGGCAGCUAUCUACAAUGAACCAUGGUUCACAAAUGUAAAGGAGUAUUUUACCGGCUGGCCUAAUCAAGAAUUGAAGCUUUCGGUGCAACUUGUUUACAUGUGCGAAUGUGGGUUUUACACAUAUAGCAUCGCGGCUCUUCUCGCUUGGGAAACUCGACGAAAGGAUUUCUCAGUUAUGAUGUCUCAUCAUGUUAUCACAGUCUUGUUAAUUGCUUUUUCGUACAUUACAGGGUUCUUUCGAGUAGGAACAGUUAUCCUUGCACUGCAUGAUGCUAGCGAUGUAUUCCUCGAAGGAGCUAAAGUUUUCAAAUACUCAGGAAAAGAGCUUAGUGCUAGCCUGUGUUUUGGUUUGUUUGCCUUGUCAUGGGUUGUAUUAAGGCUCGUAUUUUUCCCAUUUUGGGUCAUAAGGUCCACGAGCUACUAUUUAUGUGAUGUGUUGGACCUGUCUCAGCCUUAUUCUACGGCAUUGUACUAUUUCUUCAAUACAAUGUUGUUGACCUUGCUUGUUUUUCACAUUUACUGGUGGAUUCUCAUAUACUCCAUGAUCAUGAGACAGCUCAAAAACAGAGGAAAAGUCGGGGAAGAUAUACGAUCAGAUUCUGAAGAUGAUGACUAGUUGGACACCAUGCACUUUCGGAAGUGUUUUCAACUUCUUCAAACUCACUGUAGAUUCUUUUACGUCAAUUAUCUGCUUGCUCGUGCUCUGACAGCUGAAAUUCUACAUGUUUUGUUUUUUAAAAAAAAAUUAUCAUAUUUUGAUGUACUAGGAUAAAAUAGGUGUUUCUAGCGAUAUUUGCAAAUAUUUUUUGCUGAUUGUGUAGAAUUUUCUGGCUAUUUAGCAUUAGCAUUUGUCGACAAAGUAAUAGCAUACAUAUCUUUGGUUGAAGUUUAUGUAUGUGAAAAGUGUAAUCAGAGGUCCAACAUUCUUUUUAAACGAUAAAUAUUACAUAACUAAUUAAAAUCA